AAACUGCUGCCUGAAAGCAAGCUGCAGAGAACUUCGGUAACCUCCAGGAAAGCUCUGAGGUUAGGGAGCCUAGUGCAGCCAAAGAAGACAUGAGGAAUCUGCUGGCAGUGCUGAUGAUGUCUCUGGCCCUGGCAGUGCUCUGCUGUUGUGAGAAAGAUCCCAAAGACCCCUCAGGAUCUCCCAGCAUUGACAGCAUCAGGAUUAAAAAAGAAGUUGCCAAUACCUUUGUGAAGAGGCAGAAGAGAUCCAGCCUGUAUGAACGGUACCUGGAGUAUUACAAAAGCCCAAUGGAGCAGAUGCACGAGCGCUGUGAAAACUACCCUCCCUGUGACUAUCUCUCUGACCAAAUAGGAUUUUACACAGCCUACAAUCGGUUCUUUGGGAGAUACUAAGAAUGAGAUGGUCACUUCUUUCACUCUGAGCCCCUCAGGAGAAAGAAGGCUGUGGGCUGGAAGGAAGGAAGGAAGGAAGAAAACCAUGUAGACUGGGGCUGCCUUCUGAUUUCCCCCUGUGCAGCUGGAACUGCAAGGCAAUAAUUAUCCAAGCUGUUGAGCUCGUGUUAGCUGUCUUCCUUUCCUCAAAAACAUUUAUCUUCAGUCAUAUUUUGUGGUAUUUUGAGCUUCACCAGAAGUGAUUGAGGAGACUGUCUUAUGUCUUUCCACUUGAAACCCCUUGAAGCAGCAGAUGAAAAGAAACUGUGAUUCAUCUGAAGAAAAUCAGUGCAUGCCUUAGAGACACACCAAGACCUUUUGUCCUCUGCUACAAAAUGCAGAGUGUUUGUAAGAGGAGGAUGUCACAACAUGUGU